CUAACCUUUACCUGGAGAUGCUUGGUCCAACUCCAGACAAGGUUAGUGCUUUACCUGGCCAAGCUGAAUUGAAAUGAGGAGCAGAAGAAGGACAGCAAGCAGGAAAACAGCAGAGUUCUGUGGCACCCUGAAACUUGCCUGUUUAUUCCAGCAUGAGCUUCCACAGAUCCGGUUGGGAACAGCAAACCAUGACAGCCUGCCGAGCCUUUCUCCUCUCCGAGAUACGGUGCUUUGCAUUUAAGGGCCACAGCACAUCCUCCGCCGAAUCAUGAAUUAUUUACAGAUGUUAAGUUUGGAGGACCUUCUCAGACAAAUGGCCCUUCUGAGUGUGGCAAGCUCCCUCCCCAACCUCAAAGUCCCAAUUCAGAAAGCCUGGUUUCAGUAAAGACGGAGAGAGGCAUUCUCAAGUGUACGGAAAGGAUUACGUUCAUAAAAAGGAAGAAAAAGAAGCUGCUGCCAAGGAUGACCCCGUACAAUUGGUCCACAGAGCUGACUUUGCAGAACAUGUCCAACGGUUCUCGGGGUGCUAAUGCAAUCUCAGAAGACUGGGACGAGGCCACAUUGCUAGGCCUAAAGGUUUCCCUGGCUGUCAUCCUGGCUGUGAUCACUUUGGCGACAAUGCUUUUCAACACCUUUGUUAUCAUCACCAUUAUUCUUACCCGAAAACUCCACACUCCAGCCAAUUACCUCAUCGGCUCCCUGGCGGCCACAGAUCUCUUAGUGUCUAUCCUCGUCAUGCCGAUCAGCAUUGCUUACACGGUCAGCCACAUCUGGACCUUUGGCCAGAUCAUGUGUGACAUCUGGCUGUCCUCGGACAUCACCUGCUGUACAGCUUCUAUUCUGCACCUCUGUGUUAUCGCCCUGGACAGGUACUGGGCCAUCACAGAUGCUCUCGAAUACACCAAGCGCCGGACCGCUGGCAGGGCCGCUCUCAUGAUCACCAUUGUUUGGGUGAUCUCCAUUUGCAUCUCCAUGCCUCCCCUUUUCUGGAGGCAAGCCAAAGCUCAUGAGGAACUAGCCUCCUGCACGGUCAACACAGAUCAGAUCUCCUAUACCAUCUACUCCACCUGUGGCGCCUUCUACAUUCCGACAGUCUUACUCAUUAUCUUGUAUGGUAGGAUUUAUGUGGCUGCUCGAUCCCGAAUUCUCAGGCCACCGUCUCUGUAUGGGAAGAGGUUCACCACAGCCCAGCUCAUCACAGGCUCAGCAGGAUCUUCUCUCUGCUCCAUCAGCUCAAACCUUCAUGAGGGGCCUUCCCAUUCAAACAGCUCUCCAGUAUUUAUUAACCACGUGAGGAUCAAAGUUGCCGAUAGCAUCCUCGAAAGGAAACGGAUUUCUGCCGCCCGAGAAAGGAAAGCCACAAAAACUCUGGGGAUUAUUUUAGGCGCAUUCAUUUUCUGCUGGCUACCCUUCUUCGUUGUGUCUUUGGUCCUGCCCAUUUGCCAGGAGUCCUGCUGGACCCAUCCCAUCCUGGUUGACAUUUUCACAUGGCUGGGUUACCUGAAUUCACUAAUCAACCCCAUUAUAUAUACAGCUUUUAAUGAAGAAUUCAAACAGGCUUUUCAGAAAAUGAUACGAUUUAAAAAGUGCUUGUAG